AUGAUAUCUAGCGCUGAGUACAACUACAGCUCCUUCCGCAUCUCCAAGACAGAGAAUCUCCUUGACUCAGCCCAUCGAUACAAAGAACAGCGUCUCCAAGCUCUGAAACUCUCUCCUUCUUCUUUUGCUUCAUCCUACGAGCUCGAAUCCACUUUUACCGACGAAUAUUGGAUCUCACGUUUGACGCAACCCGAACGAGAGACAUUCAUCUGCGCCGGUACUCGAAUUCCAGAGUCUGAUGAUGCCGUCGAUCAUUUCGAGCCUGAAUGGGUGGCGCAGGUAACAUUCCUAGGACCCCAAAGCAAAGAACAUUUCGCGCUCUCGUCAGAAUCCGAUCUGGAAGAUACAGAUACGAGUGAAAAUGAUGUAGGGGAACGAUGGCAGAUGCUGGGCCUUUUCAACCAUCCUGCGCAUCGAGGAAAGGGCAUCGCCAAGGCCUUGACGCGGACUGCUCUGAAUUGCCUCAUUUCGCACCGAUGCGAACCGAACAAUGUUCUUGUGCGUCUCAUGGUUAAGCCUGGGAUGCAAGCUACGAUUGAGUUCUACCGGCAGCUUGGGUUUGUGGAGGUGGGAAGAGGUACCCUUGCAGCAGCUUUAAUUGCGAAUGGGGAUCGGGAGCUUCUACCGGAAGGCUAUGAGAGACAAGAAAAAUAUACUGCUUGUACCAGUCAUGUUAUGGAACAGCGGUUCUGGAGGAAUGCUAAUAAAACAUGA